AGGAACUCUUAGACGUGCUGUUAAAAAUAGGUUGCCUAAACAUACUGGCCCUAAAACAGUCUUAAGCAAACAUGAGGAAGAGCAGCUAGUAGGUUAUUGUAAAAAUAUGCAGAAGUUAGAGUUUGGUUUAACAAGAUCAGGGCCUGACAGGGCUUGGUGGAACCAUUUUUUGAAAGAUCACUUAGACUUAUCUUUUCAAAAUAUGGAUAAAACUGAUUUCGUUAUUUCCACUAAAGACCAAAAAGUUCUCAUGACAAAAGGCGCUCGUCAAGUUCAUAAAGUCUCACACAGAAAUGUGCAUGAGUACAUUUCUGUUGCUCCAACAAUUUCAGUAGCAGGUGACUACAUUCCUCUAUUAAUUAUUUAUAAAGGUGUUUGUAUGAUUCCUGGUUUAUUAGCUAAAAGUCCAGAUGGUGCUGUUAUGGGUUUUACUGAUAUUGGGUACAUGCAAGAAAGCCUCUUCCAAAUGUAUAUUGAACACUUCAUUAAGUCAAUUCUGCCUAUUUGUUUGAUCCUAUUAAUACUUGAUGGCCAUAAAAGUCAUGUAAAUUAUACAAGUGUUAGAUUCUGUCAUGAGAAUGGGAUUCUACUUUAUGCACUUCCUUCAUACACAACACAUAUCCUCCAAGCGUCUAAACUCCCUUUUGCAAAACUUAAAAAAGAGUAUAAUAAAGGUUGUGAUAAGCUACAUAAUACUAAGGGAGAAGUAGUAACCAAGUAUACAUUCGCUAAGAUUCUUGGACCAGCAUUCGCUACAAUCUACACUUCUAAGGCAAUUAUUAAUGCCUUCAGAGACACAGGAACUUGGCUUUUAAAUUCUAAUGCCAUUAGCCCUGAACGUCUUGUCCCAUUAUUACCAACCGAAAAAGAACCAUCAUCUUCCAAAAUUGUUCCUUCCUCUUCUCAACCUACCCGUAAAUACUUCACUAGAACUGGUGUUGCCAAAGAAAGAAGUUAUAAAUUAAUAAAUGAAGAACUAGAGACCUUUAAAAAUCCCGGUACCUGUCCUUUGAAAAUAGCACUUAAAUAUUCUACUUCUCAGCUUUCAUCACAAACUAACAAACAAGAAACUUGUGAAUUAGAGGCUGCAGAAGAAGCUGCCAAAUCUAAAGCUAAAAACAUAAAAAGAAAAAAAGAGAUUGCAGCCCAAAAAAAACUCAACUUCUCUAAGCUUUCAUAUAUGAUGUCUCAGCACCCACUUCAGAGCGAAGACGAUUCACAAUGUCACAUAGUUUAA